AUGAAGUUCUUUGUUUUGUGUUUGGUGGCCACAGUGCCAUUCGUACUAGCCUCAGGCGGAGGUGGUGGAGGUUACGGAGGUGGUGGCGGUGGCAUGGGUGGAGGAGGCUACGGAGGCUCUGGUGGCGGCGGUAGUGGUGGUGGUGGAUAUGGUGGCUACGGUGGUGGCGGCAGCAGUGGAGGUGGAGGAGGCUAUGGUGGUGGUGGAAGUUCAGGAGGAGGUGGCGGAUAUUCAAUGGGCGGUGGUGGAGGAGGCCACGGCGGCGGCGGAGGAGGCUAUGGCGGUGGUGGUUAUGGAGGCGGCGGCGGCGGUAGCGGCGGUGGUGGUUAUGGUGGUGGCGGAAGCUCAGGCGGUGGUGGUUAUGGUGGUGGUGGAAGCUCAGGCGGUGGUGGUUAUGGUGGUGGCGGAAGCUCAGGCGGAGGCGGCGGCUACUCAGGCGGCGGAGGAGGCAACGGAGGAGGAGGAGGUUAUGGUGGAGGCGGAUCUGGAGGAGGAGGCUAUGGUGGUGGUGGAAGUUCAGGAGGAGGUGGUGGCGGAUAUUCAAUGGGCGGCGGCGGAGGCGGAGGCUACGGAGGCGGCGGUGGAGGCCGCGGAGGUGGAGGCGGAGGCUAUGGAGGUGGCGGUGGAGGACGAGGUGGUGGCGGCGGCGGCUAUGGCGGUGGCGGCGGUGGCCGUGGCGGCGGCGGCGGAGGCUACGGAGGUGGUGGCAAAGGUGGUGGCGGAGGCCUUUCUGGCGGAUAUUAG